AUGGCCGAACAUGAUCGUGACCAACUUGAACACCACCACCCUGAUAGCCAUGAUCAUGGCUCUCCCAACCCCCAUGGCUCUUCCCAAGUCCAUGAGGAGCAACACAAUUUCAAGGAAUUUAACAAGAAUUAUUUCAAUGAGCAUGGUCAUCAGUACAAUGAUCAUCCCGACGGACAUGAGCUAGCUCGGCGCCUUGGAGCAGCCAUGAUCAACGCCUAUCUAUUCGAGGAGGACUCGACGUUGGUUCUAGACUAUGCUUGUGGCACAGGUUUGAUCUCCAGACAACUCGCUGCGCAUGUCAAAUGCAUCGUGGGCAUGGACAUCAGCCAGAGCAUGGUCGAUCAGUACAAUCAGAGCUCUUUUAAUCAGGGUAUACCACCCGAGGAGAUGAGAGCUGUGUGCUGUGAUCUUACUACUGAAGCCCCAAAUCAGCUGGAUGGAAUGAAGUUUGAUGUGGUUGUGUGUGCAUCGGCGUAUCACCAUUUCCCCUCUAUCGAAGAUGUCACGAAGGCUCUUGCAUCAUACCUGAAACCAGGGGGUUCGCUCUUGGUCACAGAUUUAAUGAAAAUUUCUUCUCCAGAAUCUGUACAGGCGUUGUUUCCCACCGGAGCACUCAAGUCGAAUCUUGUUGCGCACAAGGGUGGAUUUGAGGAGGCAGACAUCAAAGCCGUAUUCGAAGGUGCUGGAUUGAUUAACUUUUCAUUUGUGACAGCCUGCAAGGCGAAGAUACAUGGACAGCCUGUCCAGAUCUUCUUAGCUUCUGGGACCAAGGAAGUUGUUGAAGAAGAAGCAUAA